UGCUCGGUCAGGAAGGAUCCUCGCUCCAACUUUAGUAGGUCACAUACUGGCCUGCUCUUCUUUUCCACAUCAGAAGGGCUUCUUUGGACGUCUGAUUGGCUAGCGCAACACGGUAAAAAUACUGCUUUGCUGGGUGACGUGGUGCAGGAGGGCAUUCGUUACAGUGAUGCCGAAGCGUGGGAAAAAGGGAGCGGUGGCAGAAGACGGAGAAGUGCCCAAGACUGAGCCAGAGGCCAAGAAGAGUAAAGCGGGAGAAGGAGCAAAGAAAAACGAAAAAGAGGCAGCAGGAGAAGGGUCAGUCUUGUAUGAGGACCCCCCAGAUAAGAAAACCUCACCCAGUGGCAAAUCAGCCACCCUCAAGAUCUGCUCCUGGAAUGUGGAUGGGCUUCGAGCCUGGAUUAAGAAGAAAGGUUUAGAUUGGGUAAAGGAAGAAGCCCCAGAUAUCCUGUGCUUACAAGAGACCAAAUGUUCAGAGAAUAAACUACCAGCUGAACUUCAAGAGCUGCCCGGACUAUCCCAUCAGUACUGGUCCGCUCCUUCAGACAAGGAAGGGUACAGUGGCGUGGGCCUACUCUCUCGCCAGUGCCCACUCAAAGUCUCUUAUGGCAUUGGCGAGGAGGAACAUGAUCAGGAAGGCCGAGUGAUUGUGGCUGAAUAUGAUGCAUUUGUGCUGGUAACAGCCUAUGUACCUAAUGCAGGUCGAGGUCUGGUACGCCUGGAGUACCGACAGCGCUGGGAUGAAGCCUUCCGUAAGUUCCUAAAGGGCAUGGCUUCCCGCAAGCCCCUCGUGCUAUGUGGGGAUCUCAAUGUGGCUCAUGAAGAAAUUGACCUUCGCAACCCCAAGGGAAACAAAAAGAAUGCUGGCUUCACUCCUCAAGAGCGACAAGGCUUUGGGGAAUUGCUGCAGGCUGUGCCACUGGUUGACAGUUUCCGGCACCUCUACCCCAGCACAGCUUAUGCCUACACCUUUUGGACCUACAUGAUGAAUGCUCGAUCCAAAAACGUUGGUUGGCGCCUUGAUUACUUUUUGAUGUCUCAUUCUCUGUUACCUGCAUUAUGUGACAGCAAGAUCCGUUCCAAGGCCUUGGGCAGUGACCACUGUCCCAUCACUUUAUACCUAGCACUGUGAUACCUCCCCCAAAUCAUUUUUAGCCUGGGAAAUAAGCCUCCUAAACUAGCUUUAAAAUGUCUUUGCUCUCUAGAGAAUUCUGCACUGGGAUUUACUUUCUAAAAAUAUGAAUCCUCCCUAGUGACAUGGGUUUCCUUUAAGCCCAAGGUUUUGUGGGUUUGUUUUUUGUUUUUUGGUUUUUUUUUUGCGUGAAUGAGUUUUUUUCUUUUUUUAACAUUAAACAAAAGCUGCUGGUGAUUUCCUUUGACCUGUCAGAGUGAAAAUAAAGAGCCAUAGUUUCA